CUCAUUCUUCUUUCAACACUAUUGCAGCUUCAACACCUCUCUCUCUCUCUCUCUCUCUCUCUCUACUCUUUCUUCUAAUUCAACUCAAAAUUAGCAGCUUCCGUCUUUCCACCAUGUCUGAAGGCAAGAGCAAUCCUUACAACAGUUUGGAUCCUUUCAACUACAGUUUCUCACCCUUCCCUACCUCUAACGACAGUAACAAUCCCUUCUUCCACCAUAAUCAUACUCACCAACACCACCUGCUACAGGCAACACAAGAUCAUUCAUCAGCUCCCUCGAACUCUACCUUCAGAGCCUUCUUAGAUGGUUCCGUGGAUUACAACACUCUCUCAAGAGCCUUUGACAUGUCUUGUUGCUCAUCCUCUGAAGUCGUUAGCACUGACGGUUCGAGAAAGAGUGCAUCGAUCUUGAGCGAGAAUAACAACCAGUCAACCCCUAAUAAUUCUUCAUCGGCCCUGUCUUCAUCGUCCGAAGAGAAGGCGGCCGUCAGAUCCGAAGACAAAGACAAGGGCAAGAUCACCCAAGAUGAGCGAUCAACAGGAUGUCGUGAAGAUCAUGACCAAGAAGGGAAGGCUAAAAAUGGGGACAAAUUAAAAAAGAAAGAGAAGCGCCCAAGGCAGCCUCGGUUUGCUUUCUUGACGAAGAGCGAGAUUGAUAAUCUUGAAGAUGGAUAUAGGUGGAGAAAAUAUGGACAAAAAGCAGUAAAAAAUAGCGCUUACCCAAGUUACUACAGGUGCACUAGCCAAGGAUGCAUGGUGAAGAAGCGAGUGGAGAGAUCAUUCCAAGAUCCCUCGAUCGUGGUCACAACAUACGAAGGCCAACAUAGUCAUCACAGCCCCGCGACUCUUCGGGCCGGCAACUUUGCCGAUAUGUUAGUGCCUCCGAAUCUCCGAUCAACAUGUCUUAUGGAGCCUCCUUACUUUCAACAAGAGCUAUUGGCUCAGUUACUCCAAAUGGAAAGCAUUCGCCAAGACGACCCAAUGUCCAAAAUCUACCGAAACUUGGACCCCGAACUCCAGUUCCGACUUCCUUGAGAAUCUAUAUUUUUUCUGUAGCGAGGUGCUAGUGCAUCAGUCGCAGAGAGAGCACCAUUGAGGACUCCUAAUCUCAUGUUGCUUCGUAAUUUGUAUGGCAUUAUUGUUGACAUACUAAUGUGCCUAUAUUAUGCCUAUGUACAUUAGUUCAUUGUUAUAUGUUCUUGAGUUGUGCUUGAUAUGGUGAAAGAAGACGGUCGGACGUUUGUCGUUCUUGAUUUA